UUUUUAAGGUCAAGGUUGUUGAUUAUUUUUUACUACAGAUUUUACUACAAAACUGCCCAAGCUUGAUUUUGUUAACAUUUGAAACUCAAACAGGGAUCGUUUUGGAUAUAUUGGUAAAUUAUGCAUAAACAAAACCGUGUAAAUGAUGCUAAUGACCAUCCACGCAAAAGGCAGAGGAAAAACGAGGUUGGAGCUGAAGAUAAGCCAAAUCUGGGGGACACAAAAGAUGAAAAUGUGCAAUCGGCUGCCGUCAAUGACAAUAUUUUCAAAAACUUAACAUUCUUUAUAUUACAGGCUGGGGGAUUAACCAAAGCAAGGUGUGAUAUCUUCAGGAACCAAAUUUUUAAACAUGGAGGGCAGCACGAGAAAAACAGGACACCAAACAUAACACACAUGAUUAUUGAUGAUAAAAUGGACUAUGAAAAAUUGUGUAAAAUUUUAAAAGUUGAAGCACCUCCUCCGAAUGUUAAGAUUGUGAAAUCAAUGUGGUUAAGCAUGUGCAUUAAACAAAAAGAACUUGUACCUACAAAUGGUUUUGAGGUCCAAAUGAAUGCCUCAAAUGUUAAAGAAAAAAAUAUGUCAGCAAUAUCAAUAGCUGGUGAUCAGAGCAAGGAUUCCACAAAAGAAGAAAAAACCUGUUCUAACAAUGUUCCUGCAAGUGGGACAUGUCAUGUUGACAAAUAUAAAAAAGAUGCUGUGUUAAAUGCGCAAGGAGAAGGAGAUGAUGAAAGUGAUUAUAUGCCCAGUGAUGGUGAAGAAGAUUGUAGGAAUUCUGAUGAUAUGAUUAAAGAGAGUAGUACCAGCAGCUUCAGACCAACAAGUGUUUCUCCAAGAAAGUUACCAAAAGGCAACUGGGUAUGUGCACAGUCCUCAUUACAAAAGACCUACAAUGCCAACCAACAUAUAACAGAAAAACUAGAGCAACUUGCUAAAACCUAUCAGAGUACAAAUGAUAGAUGGAGAGCAAUGACCUACCAGAAAGCUGUUGCAGCAUUGAAAAGAUAUGACAAAGAGAUAACAUCAUGGGAACAAGCCAAAGCCAUACCAGGUAUUGGUGCCAGUUUAGCAGACAAAAUUUGGGAAAUUGUUGAAAGUGGAGAGUUAAGAAAACUCAAUGAAUUGUCAUCAGCUGGAGAUAUAGCAACAUUAAAUUUAUUCACUAAUAUUUGGGGAGCCGGACCCACUACGGCCAGAGCAUGGGUGCAGCAGGGUAUGAGGUCUCUAGAAGAUUUGAAAACAAAAGCAAAUCUUACCCGUCAGCAAAAAGUUGGUUUGAAGUAUUAUGAUGAACUCUUGGACAGAAUGCCAAGAGAAGAGGCUGCAGAAAUUGAAGCCACUGUGAAAGAGGCAGCCCUCAGCAUUCAAUCAGGGCUGAUAGCCAUGGCCUGUGGAUCAUACAGACGUGGAAAGAAGACUUGUGGAGAUGUAGAUGUACUAAUUACUCAUCCUGAUGGGCAUUCACACAAAGGAGUGUUUAAUAAACUUCUUGUUAAGUUGAAAGACCAAGGUUUCCUUACUGAUGAUUUGGUUUCACAUGAAGAAGUGGGAAACCAAAAAAAGUAUCUAGGAGUCUGCAAACUACCAGGGGCUGGAAGAAAGCACAGAAGACUGGAUAUCAUUGUUGUUCCUCAUAGUGAGUUUGCUUGUGCCCUGAUGUAUUUCACUGGCUCUGCUCAUUUCAACAGAUCAAUGAGGCACCUAGCUACAAAGAUGGGGAUGUCAUUAAAUGAGCACUCACUGAAUACAGGUGUGGUGAGAAAGAAUGGGGAAAAGAUUUUCAAAGGUACCCCUGUGUCAACUCCAUCUGAGGAGGCAAUCUUUGCAGAGUUUGGUUUACCAUACAGACCACCUGAAGAAAGAGAUCAUUAAAUACUUCAAUUUGGAAAUGGUCAAAAAAGAUGUUACAGUAUAAUAGCAUUUAACAUUGAACACAAAUUUAUAUUUCAUAAUUUUAAAGUAUCUGUGGAACAAGUCAGACAUGCCUGUGAUAUUUAUAUUAGCAAUUAGUCAAUUCAGUAAUUUUUUAUGUUGUGGGAUGGUCUUUUAGGUGCCAUAAUUGUUGUAUUCAGUAUGUUUGUAAAAUAAUAUUUGGCGUAAACAUCUAUUAAGUACUUUUUGAUAAUUUUAAUUAUACUUCUUGAAUUUUUACACAUAAUUUUCUUGUCACAACUAUAGUUGUGGUCUGAAAAGCAUAUAUGAUUUUACUGGGGCAGAAAAGGGAAGGUUUUUGUACCUUUUAUAUUGAAGGGCACAUAGGCGGACAAUGAUGAUUUAUAAUUUUUUUUACUGGGUUCCCAUGCCUUAAACGAUCCAUGUGGAUUGGUCUAACUCCCUGGAGAGUGCCACUAAAUUGCUAGAAUUAGCUAGGGGGUAAAGAUAAUUACCCCCUAACAGCUUUACUAGGCUGGACAGACAUUUAAGCCGGUUAGGUUAAUAGCAAUUUAGUGAGGCUCCCCAGGGAGAUGGAUACAAAUAUCUGUAGGAAUCAGCCCUUUGAUUUUAUUAUAUCUUCCCUAUGAUUUAUUGGUUAAAUGAAUAUUUAAGUUUUUAUACAGUUAUUACUGAAGUAUAUUGCAAUAUGCAAGUAAAUAAAACAGGGCUAUCUUUUUGAA